AUGGCCAGUGAAGCUGAUGAUCAAAGCAGAGACAUAGUGACGUCGCUGGUUCGACUUCAUUCGAUUAUUGACGCAAUAAAAGGAUCGGAUCAACCGAUCUACCAAGCCACAUGGCAGCAGCUUCAUGAGGCCAUCGAACCGUGGCCAAAAAUCGGACCACAUGGAGGUCCCCUUGCAUGGCCCUUAUUUCUAUCCGACAAGUUCUCGUUACUGCUGAAACAUGGUGACUGGAUCGCCCGAAUUUUGUUUCUGCAUUUUGGCAUAGCUAUGCGUCUCCUGUGCCAUCGGUGGUACGUGCGCGACUGGGGUCGUCGGUUAGUAUUGGCAACACUGGACGCACUGGACAAGGUUCCUCAAGAGUGGGAAGAGACCAUCUCUUGGAUUAGAAGAGCCGCCGCAAGGGAGGACUAG